UCAGUGUCGCCUCUGCCUCUUGUGCCAAACAGUAAAGAAAGGCUCCUGAGGAAAUCCCAAAAAUCGAUUCUUAUUGUUCAUAUAUUCCAGCAAAGAUAAACUCUCAGAUUGAAGGAUUACUCUCGGCUCUGCCAAACACUUGUUCAGAAGGACACAUAUGAAGACCAGCCAACAAAUGGAUCUGAUCUGCAGUGUGUCUCUCCUGGUCCUCUUCUUCUUUAACAAGUUGGUGGUGGUGGCAGCGUCGGAGGACGAGGAGCAUGUGACCCAUGUGACCGGACCUGAGUGGAGGAGGAGACUCAUUUAUUUGGCCCAGUUCCAGUGUUUCCAGAGGAUCCUGAAAGAAUCACACCGCAAAACAAAAGCUUUAGAGGGGCCGGUGUGCAACAUGACAUGGGAUGGAUGGCUGUGCUGGGAUGAAACAGAAGCCGGGAUGAAAGAACAGAGCUGUCCACCCUACUACGAUGAUUUUGACCCCCAAGUGAUGGCGAUCAAAGAAUGCACAGCGACGGGGGAGUGGGGACGCCACCCAGAGAGCAACAGAAUAUGGACAGAUUACACAAACUGCAAAACCAGCCUUGUCUACGGAACGGCAACAAUGACUCACUUUUAUUUGAUCUUGAUUGGUCAUGGACUGUCGCUGGUGUCACUCCUAAUAUCUUUAGGAAUAUUCUUCUAUUUUAAGAGUCUGAGCUGCCAGAGGAUAACUCUCCACAAAAACCUCUUCCUCUCAUUUGUGUUGAACUCGGUCAUUACUAUUGUAUGGCUGUCUGCACGGAAGGAGGAUUCUGCUGGCUGCAAACUGCUUGCAUUCAUCCAAAUGUAUAUCAUGAGCUGUAACUACUUCUGGAUGCUUUGUGAGGGCAUCUAUCUGCACACUCUGAUUGUUGUGGCAGUGUUUGCAGAAAAACAGCAUCUCAUGUGGUACUACCUGCUGGGCUGGGGUUUCCCACUGGUGCCAGCAGUUAUUUAUUCCAUUGCACGCCACUGCUACUACGAUGACAAAUGCUGGUUAGGUCCAGGUACCUCUUUGCUGUACAUCAUCCAUGCUCCCAUCUGUGCUGCGUUGGUGGUGAACUUUUUCUUCUUGCUGAACAUCGUUCGGGUUCUCAUCACGAAGCUGCGAGUGACUCACCAGGCUGAAUCUAGCCUCUACAUGAGGGCUGUGAGGGCCACCCUCAUCCUUAUCCCUCUGCUCGGCAUCCAGUACGUUCUGCUUGCAUACAAGCCCCAUGACCACUGGAUCACUGAGUUCUACAUGUACAUCAUGAACAUCCUCAUGCAUUACCAGGGUCUCUUGGUUUCUACAAUAUUCUGUUUCUUCAAUGGAGAGGUUCAGACCGUUCUUAGAAGACACUGGAACCUGCAGCGGAUGCAGUUUGCCGGCACCUUCGCCAACGCUGACUUCUUCCGCUCGGCCUCUUACGUGGCGUCGUCGCUCACCGAGGUCCACCGCUGCUACAGCAUCGAAAGCCACACCGAACACAUGAACGGAAAGAGCUACUCGGACAUCUUCAGAUCGGACAGCCCCUUUGUGUGAGGAGGACAGUCAACAUCAGCUCGUCUUGUUUUCUUCAAGACCGAUGUUUUCAUGACUGAGACUGGUCAUGGCAACUCCGUACACACUUUGGCUUCUUUUGAUGUAUUUUUACCAUCUUCAAGGAAAAAUACUUUUUUUUUUUUACAUACUUUUUUGAUAAGUCAGUUGGAGAGAAGAAAACAUGGACACCCUUUUCCCCAUUUUAAAGGGACUGUUGCCGGACACGAUGAAGACAAAUAGCCAGUAAUUUACAAAAACGAGGAAUUAACUCUUGCGUUACAUGGAUAUAACUUGACGAGUUCUGAAAGAAACUGUUCUGUUACGAUCUUGCAAAAGAGGGAGCUUUUUAUUAGGCUUUUAAUUUAAAAAACAGAAACAAAAAAUGGGUGGUGAAAAUAUUGCCAAGAGGAAUGCACAAAGGAUUUCAGGACCGUCUGCCUCUUCAGCAAAGUCAAUGAAAGGAAGAGCGCGAAAUCCAAGCACAAGUGUUAGUUAGGAGGAUGAGAGGGCCAAACCCUGGUAAAAAAUAAAACAUUUAAAUGACUAUCAGUCAUCUAAAAAUACAAUUACGUAGUCUGAUUCCUCUGAACCCAACUUUGACUUACUGCGCCGAUGGACACAGAAG